CCCCGAACCCUCGAUCGAAAUCCCCAACUCCAAAAAUUCCUCGAGUAGAAGUGCGAGUUUCUCCGGCGAUCGCAAGCAAGAAACCCUAGGCUUCCCUCCGGCAUGCCAUGGCGCCUGGCGCAGCGGGAGCGGAGGAGGCUUCGGGGUCCGUGAAGACCCGGUCGAGCGCAAGGCGACGCCGCAGUGUCAACCGGGACGGCGGCAGCGGGGUGGUGGCCUCGCUCGCAUCCCAAUCGGCGGCGCGCGCGGAGCGAUCCGAGAGGCGAUCAGCUAAAAGGUCAGCAACUCUGGCCGAUCAGAGCAGCGAGGGUGAAAGGGCAGCGAAGAAGAUGGAUUUGGGGGUGCAUGAGGAGGAGGAGGGGGUGAAGGUGGCGCCGCCUUCAGCGUCUGCGUCAGUAGCGGAGGAGCAACAAGGGGGAAAGGGCGGCGAAGACGAUGGAUUUGGGGGUUCAGCAGGAGGAGGAGAAGGUGGCGCACUGGCGCUGCCUUCAGCGUCAGGAGUGGAGGAGGGGAUUCCAGUGGAGGACGAGGCCUCUUCUUGCUGCAGUUCUCCUCUCCGUAAGCCAUACAUACCCCGUGUUGUAAUUGGACACAAUGCCAUGGGUAGAGAGAUCUAUAAGCCUAUCGGAGGUGAAGACUUCAGGGCACUUGAUCCGUGGGAAGCCAAAUACCAGGCAAAAAGAGAUUGUCAAAUGAAACUGCCCACUUUACUCCCAUGCGUACCUGACACAUGCCUUACUGAUCGGAACCUCCUCCACAUUCGUGAAUCAUCGACUAAGACUGUUCUUCAUGCUGCAAAGUUUGUUGUGGGUCUUUCGUCUACUAUAGAUGGCAAGUCAUUAUCUAAGAGUUCUGGUUUCAUGAUCGAUUGGGAUGAGAAGAGCAAAACAGGCACUAUUUUGACAUCAGCCCUUCUUAUUUGCAAACAGUCCCCUUCUUUAGAUGAUUGGAAAAGUGCAAACCAGUAUGCUUCUAAUGCUAAGGUUGCAGUUCGCUUUGUGGAUGGUACCACUGUGGAGGGUCAUUUUCUAUAUUGUCAGGAGCAUUACAACCUUGCUUUCUACAAGAUUGUAGUGGACAGAUCCAUCCAUUUACCCUCCUUUAAUGAAGGAGUGAAAUGGGCUGAAGAGGUCUUUAUCCUGGGAAGAGAUGAAAAUUCGUAUCUGAGAACAAGCUAUGGUAGGGUUCAGUAUUUGAAUCCACAUAUGAAUGAACGCCGUCACUAUGUAUACAUUGAUGGUUUCAGUGCACCUCCUGAGUAUUACAACGGGGGACCAGUCAUUGACUUAAGGGGAGAUGUUGUGGGCAUGUCUAUCCGCAGUACAAGAGGGUCUUUUAUUCCUUCUAACAUCAUCCUCAAGUGCUUGCAGAUGUGGAGGAAGUUCCAAUGCAUUCCUCGACCACAUCUUCAAAUGAAGUUUUGGGGCAUGAAAUUUCUUAACCCUGCUCAUCUUGAGGUGAUAUCUUGCAAGUGCAACAUUGAUGAGGGCCUUAUCGUUAAAGAGGUGUCAGAAGGUUCUAUUGCUGAGAAACUUGGGGUUAGAGUUGGUGAUGUCAUUAAAUUCUUCAACGGAAAACAUAUCUCUUCUACUGUUGAGUUGGAACUACUGUUGCUGCAAAUAUCAGAGGAUCAUUUUUACAAUGGAAAUGGCCUUGAUUCCAAAAUAGAUAUUGUGAUUGGAGUAUUCCACACACGCAGUGGUGUUUGGAGAAGUCGGAAGUUGACAGUACAUGUAUCCGACAAAGGAGAAGUUGUUAUAAGAGGUGAAUUUCCUGUCACUAGAGAGACAAUUUAUGCAAGAUGUCCACUUGACCAAGCAGAUUCAGAUCCAGACAAUUCUCAAAUCUCUCUCACAGAUCGAACAUCGUCAUCGUCAUCGUCAUCGUCAUCAUCAUCAGAUUCAGGUUCUCUCCAUGCCCCUACUUCUACUGAAGGAAGGACACCCACCUGAUCCACCAUAAUCUGAUCCAAGAUUUUAAUAACGUGUACAUAGAUAGUCUCAUCAAACACUACUGGCCAUCUCCCACUUAUGGUAUUAAUCAACGUGUACAUGGAUAGACUCAUUGUACGCUGCUGGUCAUCUUUCCAUCUCCCACUUAUGGUAUUAGUCAACGUGUAAAUGGAUAGACUCAUUGUACGCUGCUGGCCAUCUUUGUUCUGUCUUCCAUUUUCUUGGAGUGCGUCUUUUCUUUUAUCCUUUUUGGGAUUCCUUAACCAUAUAGAUAUAACUAUCUGUGAACAUGGAGAUGAUGUCCAUGAGCAUGUUCUAGCUUUUCAUUAUGUCCACAUGGAGCUAUGCAAAUAUUUCUCUUUUUAGAGUUGAAACCUAGAAUGUUUCUUUUUUAGAAACUCUACGUUUGGCCAUUAACAAGUUAAUCAGUUCUAUGAA